GCGGUCACCACCGCGCGCUCGGCCGCAGAGGCGCGGCUGCAGGCAUGGCGCUCUUCUAUGUGGCGCGGUACGCGGGGCCCGAGGCGGCCGGGGCGGAGGCGGAGGCGGAGGCGGACGGCCGGGCCCGCGCGCUGCUGGAGCGGCUGCAGUGCCGGGCCCGAGAGCGGCAGCGGCAGCAGCAGUCGCGGCCGCAGGAGCCCGAGGAGGCCGCGCAGACCGAGGGCGCGGCGAGCAGGCGGCGGCGGCGGCGGCCGCGGAGGUGCAAGGGCGGCGGGGCGCCCGGGAGCCCGCAGGCCCCGCGCAGCAAGCGGCGGAGAGAGGCGGGCGAGGAGGCCGGCGCAGAGAGCAGCGAGGAGGCGCCGCGGGAGGGCAGCGUGGACGCCGAGGCCGCGGGGCCGCCCGGGACCCCAGGAGAACAGCCCCCCGGCGAGGCCCGUGGGCCCCCCGCCCACGCUCUGCUGCUCGGGGGCUUCGGGAGGAGCCGGGCGCCCAAGGUCCAGCCUUUCCUGCCGACGUGGCUGGCCGAGCCGAGCCGUGUCGGGAGGAACGUCACUGAAGACCGGGUGCCUAUCGAGGACGUCCCGGAAGUCCACCCUGACCUACAGAGGAAGCUGCGCGCCCACGGCAUCUCGUCCUACUUCCCAGUCCAGGCGGCGGUCAUUCCUGCUCUCCUAGAGAGUGCGGCCCAAGGGUUCCUCGUGGCCAGAGGCGGCUACCAGCCCAGGGACCUCUGUGUCUCCGCCCCGACGGGCAGUGGGAAGACCCUGGCCUUUGUCAUCCCCGUGGUGCAGGCCCUGCUGCAGCGAGCUGUGUGCCAGGUUCGUGCCCUGGUUGUGUUGCCCACUAAGGAGCUGGCCCAGCAGGUGAGCAAAGUAUUCAACGUCUACACCGACGCCACGCCUCUGCGCGUCGCCCUGGUCACCGGGCAGAAAUCGCUGGCCAAGGAGCAGGAGAGCCUCGUCCAGAAGACGGUGGACGGCUUCCGCUGCCUGGCUGACAUCGUGGUGGCCACUCCCGGCCGCCUGGUGGACCACGUGGACCAGACCCCGGGGUUCAGCCUCCAGCACCUCCGCUUCCUGGUCAUCGACGAGGCCGACCGGAUGAUCGACAGCAUGCACCAGUCCUGGCUCCCCCGGGUGGUGGCGGCGGCCUUCCCUGGGGAGGGUGCCAAGGACCCCUUCGCUCUGCUCCAGAGACGGCAGCCCCAGGUCGUGACGGCUGCCAGCACCUGCUGCCCUCAGAUGCCUCUGCAGAAGCUGCUCUUCUCGGCCACACUGACCCAGAACCCCGAGAAGCUGCAGCAGCUGGGCCUGCACCAGCCCUGGCUCUUCUCCACGCGGCCAGCGCGCGGGGGUCCCGGGGACGCCGAUGAGGACGCGGACGCGGACUCGGGCAGGAAGUACACCUUCCCUGCGGGGCUCUCGCACCACUACGUGCCCUGCCGCCUGCGCGCCAAGCCCUUGGUCGUCCUGCACCUGGUCCUGCAGCUGGGCUUCUCCAGGAUCCUCUGCUUCACCAACUCCCGGGAGAACUCCCACAGGCUCUUCCUGCUCGUCCAGGCGUUCGGGGGCGUGACGGUGGCCGAGUUCUCCUCCCGCUACGGGCCCGGCCAGAGGAAGGGGAUCCUGAAGCAGUUUGAACAGGGAAAGAUUCAGCUCCUCAUCAGCACAGACGCCACCGCCCGCGGCAUCGAUGUGCAGGGGGUGCAGCUGGUGGUGAACUACGACGCCCCCCAGUACCUGCGGACCUAUGUGCACCGGGUGGGAAGAACUGCUCGUGCUGGGAACACCGGACAGGCCUUCACGCUGCUCCUCAAAGUGCAGGAGAGGCGGUUCCUCCGGAUGCUGACUGAAGCCGGGGUCCCCGAGCUGGAGCGGCACGACACCCCCAGCGAGCUCCUGCAGCCGCUGGUCCCGCAGUACGAGGAGGCCCUGUCCCAGCUGGAGAGGGCCGUCAAGGAAGAACAGAGGCAGAAGGCGGCCUAGGCUGGGCCCUGAGGACGAUGGGACCGAGCCUGGGCGGACAGGCCUCCGGGAGGAGCCCCAGCGCACUGGCUGCUCAGCCCACGCCCGGGCGAGGCCCUUCGUCACGGCACCAGGCCUGGCCGGAGGCGGCCAAGCACACGGGUCCGCCUCUGAUCGGCUGCUCCUCUGGGGCAGGAGCGGAUGGCUCGGACGGGCCCAGAACCGACGGGGUGAGGUUGGCCCUGAGGCCGAGUUUUGGGCUUCAGCUCGUCUACACCUCAGGGUGCUCCCAUCGCGUUGGGAACGUGCCCCCAGCCUUACAUCAGCCCCCACCACGCCGCAUGCAGAGUGACGAGCACGAGAGGCUCUGGUGACUGACUGAAAACCGGCUUCCGAGCAGACCCACUGCCCGUGCUGACGCCAAGAGACUGAAGAAGGGACGCGCUGGUGUCUGCCUCUGCGCCCAAGUCCAUCGAGCAGAACGGCUGGUCCCAGGCUCGCGGGCAGGGACGGGGCAGGAGGCACUGAGGGGCCCUCCGCAGAGGCCGUCCGCGCGCCAGCGCUUGUCCUGAGCCAGCUCACUCGCCUCGUGGUCCCGCCCACACCACCCCUGGCGCACAGGGCCGGUGGAUGGAGCCGCCGAGCGUGGAGCCGGCUCGCUUAUGCCCUGGCAUCUGGAAUGCAGGCCCCUGCAGCCAUCACGCCGCCUCCCUCCGCGGGGGCCUUGAACCUGGUGGGGGCCUGCGUCUGAAUUGAGGCUGCUGGCUCGGGGCCUGGCCUGCCCGGAACCCAGUGUGGUGGGAGGUGGUCGCGGCUGCUGCUGCUGCUGCUGCGCUGCCUUCUGUGGGGCCGCGGGAAGCACCUGAGCCUGAACGUGGGGGACCCUCUUGCAGGACGACACUGCUCUCAAGGUCUGAGGAAGGUUUCCCUCUGAUUUCCUGAACAUUCUUAUUCGUGAACAGAGCUUUAGCUUUGCCUUUGUAACCAAAGGCCUAUUAAAGUGAUUUCUCCGACAAAAAAAAAAUGCGCCCCAAUACAAAGUUAAGAAGUGCUGGGAGCCCUGGCCGGUUUGGCUCAGUGGAUAGAGUGUUGGCCUGUGGACUGAAGGGUUCUGGGUUCGAUUCCAGUCAGGGCACAGGCCCAGGUUGUGGGCUCGAUCCCCAGUAGGGUGUGUGCAGGAGGCAGCCGAUCAAUGAUUCUCAUCAUGGAUGUUUCUAUCCCUCCCUCCCCCUUUCUCACAAAUCAAUAAAAAUACAUUUUUUAAAAAAGUGCGAGUCUGAGACCUGUGGCUGCUCUGGAGUCCUCCGCUGCGCAAAGGGGGUCGCAGCC